AUGGGGAGAACUCUUUUCAUCCUGCUUCUAACAAUUAUUCAUGCAUCACUAAUAGUAAACUCAGUCAUUGCGGUUAAUCUAAAGAAAGGGUUUAGUUUGAAGAUGAUUCACAGAGAAGAAGAAAGGCUUCAAAGACUCUUUGAACAAUCUAAAUCUCAAGCACGCUACAUCCAAUCACAAAUAUUACUCCAGAGCAAUGCAACACACUCUGUGAAUCCUGAAGCUGCACGUAGUGAUCAGACAUGGCUUCAGUGCGAAGAUGCCACUGAAGUUUUCGCUCAAGAUAUGCCACUUUAUCCUUGGAGUUCGUCAACUACAUAUCGUCCGGUUCCUUGUAAUAUGCAUCCUCUUUGCAAGGGAUAUAAGUGCAAUGUCGAUGGCCAAUGUACUUACGUAACACGAUAUGCGGCUGGUGCGGUCACGUCUGGUGUUGUUGCUGAAGAAAAAUUCACUCUAGGCUCUAGUACUGGAUCAGGAGAAUGGUCUUUCAUAAAUCAAUUAGGUGCUGCGGGACAAGGUAAUAAAAGAGUGGGAUUUCCUAGAGGUACUUUUGAACUUAACAGUCAAGGAAAAGGAGAUACCCUUGUAGAUUCUGGUGCUCCAAUAUCCAUGAUGUUUAAAGAUCAUUUUGAUAGAGUUGCAGACUUGGUAAAGGCACAUUUUAACAAUCUCGUAGUUGAAUAUGUUGGUCGCCAUGAAUAUUUUGAUGUUUGUUUCCGCUUACGGGGAAAAUUCAAUAUUACCAACUAUCCUUCCAUAACACUUCAUUUUCAACAGGCCAACUAUGUUAUUUCAGAUUACAAAUCUAAUUUCAUAGUAUUUAAUGACAUCGUUUGUCUAGGCAUUUAG